CAUCCGCCGCGAUUGAUCGGAUCACUGUUUCCGCUCGCUGCAGACUGCCUCACACUGACGUGACUGCCUAAAGUCCGGCUUGCUACACUACCUGCUCACCACUACUCGCAGACACGAGUCGACAGACAGUGUUGUAGCCUAGAUCUGCUGAACCAGGUAAAGACAGCCUAUCGCUCUCUUCCAGUGUGAGAUUCUAGCUCGCUUAGCGAUCCGCGUUAUCGCUUCAUCUCACGUGCGAUGCAUGAGCUCUUACUCUACGGCCAGGUGCCUGUCGAGCGCCAUGAGCAAGUCCUCAAGAUCCUUGCUGGUAUUGCAGCAAUGCAGCCGCGUACUCUCUUCGAGAGACAUCUGGUCUACAGACCUUUGCGCUCCAUGCAAGACAACAAGCCCAACAAAAAGUUUCCUAACAAGCCUGUCAAACCUCAAACCCUCACGUUCCAGCAUCUUGUGCGCCAGCUCGAGCAAUCCGAGUUCGGCAAAGAUUCUCCAAUUCUGCUCGGACCCGAGAACAACGAGAAUGCCAGUCAGCCCACAUAUGCAUGGAGGAUCAAGACGCAGGAGACUCCGGAGCCCGAAACCAAAACUUUGGUUCUACGACAGGCAACAGAAGCUGUGUUUGACGAUGAGCAGUUGCGCACGUUCCUCGAUCCUGCCAACAACGGGUUCGUGAGUGAAUUCCUAGUCGAAGGUCACAGGUUCGUACACAAGAACACUGUGCUGACUCUGUUCCGUAUCUUGCGAGCAAGCGAUAUGCCUCAGCAGACACCUCUGACGAGUCUGCCAGCCUUGGAAUCUCUCAAACCUCUGGACACCAGUGGUGCAUUUGUACUUGAGGCAUGCGUCCGUAUCGACGAUCGUACAAAGCCUAACCUGGUUUCUACUGCUUCUGAUGAGUUGAAUGCGUUCAAAGAUAUGAUGAAGGGCUCUGUCGAGAUGAAGGUCCCCGAGAGAUUGUCUCUCGACACUCGUGUGAGAUGAGCCUCACUGAAGUACGCAAACAACAAAGAAACGCAGACUCUCUAGAGCCACCUUCCGCUCACUUGAGUCGAUCGGCCAGCUCAAUCUUCGUGUCAGAUGUUCUUCUGUCUUUCGACACCCUCCAACCGCCACGAUAAGACACGGCUCAAGAUCCUCAUCGCAGAGAAUUAGCAACCAGUGUUGACACAUUGAUACAUGAGCCCGGUCGCUCU